AUGAAGGCCAAUCCGUUGCUCAUCUCCUGGCACAACGACAAUGCCCCCAUCUACUCAGUUCAUUUCGACCCCAACGGCAAGGGUCGCCUAGCUACGGCUGGAAACGAUAACAAUGUCCGCCUGUGGAAGGUGGACUCGGUCGGCCAGGAACGAAAGGUGACGUACUUGAGCACCUUGGUGAAACACACACAAGCGGUCAAUGUUGUCCGCUUUAGCCCGAAGGGUGAAAUGCUGGCAUCGGCUGGAGAUGAUGGCAAUGUACUUCUGUGGGUGCCAUCGGAACUUCAAACACAACCUGGUCUGGGAGAGGAUCGGUCAGAUGAUAAGGAAACAUGGCGCGUCAAGCACAUGUGUCGGUCGUCGGGUGCGGAGAUUUACGACCUCGCCUGGUCGCCAGACGGCGUCUUCAUCAUCACGGGAAGCAUGGAUAAUAUUGCUAGGAUCUACAACGCACAAACUGGCCAAAUGGUGCGACAGAUUGCCGAGCAUUCGCACUACGUGCAAGGAGUAGCCUGGGAUCCCCUCAACGAGUUUGUUGCGACGCAAUCAUCCGAUCGAUCAGUCCACAUUUACAGCCUGAAGACGAAGGAUGGCCAAUUCACCCUAACCUCACAUGGAAAAUUCCUGAAGAUGGAUCUGCCGGCGAGACGGAUUUCACGUGGUAGCCCUGCUCCUCCCGACCUCUCUAUCAGAUCUCAACCUGCCACUAGCAACUCGGUGGCUGUUGCCUCUCCUGCUCCUUCAACACCUGGUACACCCAUGACUUCGCAUCUGCCCAUGGACCCGCCGCCAGUGUCGCACAGCCGCCGAUCUUCCUUUAGCUCCUCACCGAACAUUCGUCGCUCCGCAUCGCCAGCGCCAUCUCUACCACUGCCUGCUGUCAAGCCUUUAGAAGUGACAUCCCCGGGACUGGGCGGGCUGGGGGUCAGAAACGCGAAUAUUUACGCUAACGAAACGUUUACGUCCUUUUUCCGACGACUAACCUUCACACCAGACGGAAGCCUGUUGCUCACACCGGCGGGUCAAUAUAAAACGUCGACGAUAGUUUCCGCGACAGAUCCUACCAAAACGGUUGACGAAAUAAGCAAUACAGUUUACAUUUAUACUCGUGCCGGUUUCAACAGACCUCCGAUUUCUCAUCUUCCUGGCCACAAAAAACCAUCAGUUGCAGUGAAAUGCUCUCCAGUUCUCUACACUCUUCGGGAGGCCUGUGAGCCUUCCAAGCAUAUUACCCUGGGUGGCUCGUCUACAGAAGACACAUCUGCUUCCGGCACUGAUGACAAGAGCAAUUCCGCCACUAAACCUUCGGAAUCUCCUGCCCCUGGUCAGCUUCCACCUGUUUUCUCUUUACCCUACCGGGUAGUAUAUGCAGUGGCCACCCAGGACGCCGUUCUGGUGUACGAUACCCAGCAACAAGCGCCGUUAUGCGUAGUGAGCAAUCUUCAUUUUGCCACAUUCACGGACUUGGCUUGGUCCAACGACGGCUUGACGUUGAUCAUGAGUUCGUCUGAUGGGUUUUGCUCUACUCUAUCUUUCGCGCAAGGCGAAUUAGGACACCCAUACACGGCACCGAUAAUCGCACCGCCAACGACUAGCACAGGGCAAACAACCCUGCAUACACCUACGGAACCAACGAAGCCGGUACUGCCUCACAACAUUCCGCCCCCACCAGCAAGUCCUGCGCGCUCAAACUCAGUAUCCUCUGUUGCAACGCAGCGCGCAUCACAACAAGCAGAGUCUGUUGUCAACAACCCCACACCGACCCUCGGAUCGGUGCCAUUAGUGACUGCAACACACUCUGCCCAGCCUCCAGCUACCUUGCCUCUUACCACACCCCCUGAGACGCCGAUGUCCGCUGUUUCCCAGAGCGACGCAAGCAGCACUGUUCUAGGGAAGCGAAGUGAGUCCGAAAAGGAAGAAAGCCAAGGCCCGAACCCAACCGAGCAGGCCCAGCCACCGAAAAAGCGACGCGUGGCACCGACCCUCAUAUCAGCGGGUACUGGUUCGAUGUCAAGCGAGGGCCCUCCUGACACGAAUACCGGUGGAUAG